AUCUCAUCCAUAACCUGCAGGACUCAAUCCGUGUUUUCAGUUUUAUCAUCAUCCAGUAAUCGCUUCCCGCCACCGGAGUUGUAGCCGGAACACUCACUCGCCGGUCGUCUGCUCAACGGAUGGCCCUUUGGCUGCUCCCGGCGCUACCUUCACUCUCUCUCGUCACUUGUCAAGCUACACCUGCUUCCGUGCGUGCUUCUCCGCUAACAGCACCGCGGAUUUCGUUGCCGACGAACCCCAGUUCCUCUUCCUCAACCACCUGUUCCCUCCUGUGUUCUCAUUUCGAGUCCUGUUCUGGCUGUACUCAAGAGUAUAAUCUUCAUCGCCCCCUGGUUAUUGACGACGCAGUCGACUUCUUCCGACAAUUCGGCCUCUCUGACUUCAGCUUUGAUAGUUGCAGACUUUGGGGAUGGAGGUGUCGUGCUAAGCUUGCCAUUCGCGGAUCAUCUGAUAAUCCUCUGAUUGGACUGUAUGAAGAGGGUACACAUAAUGUGGUCGACAUUCCUGAUUGCAAAGCUCACCAUCCGAAUAUCAAUGCAGCUGUCCAACUCCUGAAGCAAGGUAUCUCUGAGCUGAAUAUUGAACCAUACGAUGAAGAUAAAGGAACAGGGCACCUGCGUUAUGUUCAGAUGGCCGUAUCCACAUACAAUACAUCCCUUCCUGCUGCUGAGAGAUAUAGAAACGGCAAAGUACAGAUUUCAUUGGUGUGGAAUUCAAGGGAUGAGAAAUCGCCUGGUUCAGAAAAAAUAAGUGAUUUAACAAAUUUCUUGUGGAGAAAUGGUGGUCCGAGGAAGGAUGUCCACCUAAUUCAUUCAGUUUGGGCAAAUUUUCAAACAUCAACCAACAAUAUAAUUUUUGGGAACAGAUGGAGGUAUCUUGUUGGUGAAAGAGAUUUUUGGGAACAUGUUGGUGGUAUUGAUGUCUCAUUGGCUCCAUCAUCCUUUGGCCAAGCAAAUACACGGGCAUUUGAUUCCUUGCUACGGAGACUACAGAAGUAUGUGCCUUUGGGCACAUCAGUUGUUGACCUCUAUGCAGGAGCUGGUGUGAUUGGGUUGUCGCUGGCAGCCACCCGGAAAUGCAGGUCGGUCAAAUGUGUUGAGGUUAACAAAGAAUCCAAACAAUCUUUUGAGAAGACUGCAGAACGCUUAUCAAAAUCGGUAGACUGCAACAUCAGUUGGCACCUUGGCGAUGCUUCAACUGACCCUUCUUCUUGGCUGACAGGCUCGGAAGUUAUUGUGGUUGAUCCUCCAAGGAAAGGACUGGAUCCAUCCCUUGUCAAUGCUUUGCAAGAUCUCGUAUCACUAGACUUUGGAUCCAAGUCCUCUAGGAGUUCUGACAAAGAGGAAAAGAGACCUUGGGUUCUACGUGCGAAAGAUGCAGAAGUUCAUAUUCAAAGAAAAGUUACCGAGGAGGAAAGCCAUUCAUCACCUCAAACUCUUAUCUACAUAAGCUGUGGAUGGGAAAGUUUUAAAAAGGAUUGUAUAUCAUUGCUCUCUAGUAAAUCAUGGCAUUUGCACAAAGCUCAUGGUUUCAAUUUCUUCCCAGGCACGCAAAGCAUUGAGAUUUUGGCUGUCUUCAGAAGAGGGCCUGGGAAAAACCUCAAGAAAAAAGUAUCAGGAAAGAAGAAGAAGAAACAUUCAUAGAAAUAUCAUUUAUUCAUGGAGCUGUUUUGAACACUUAUUUCAAAACAUUUUUGGCAGAAAAAAAGGAGAUAGAUUAGUUCAUAGUCCAUAGAUGUAGCUGCAAGAUGCAAAAGCAGAGCAUGCAGUCAGUCUGUUCCAUGAAUUUUGAUGUAAUCAACUCAUAGUCAUUAUGCAAUGAUGAAAUAAUCAUUUUACAAUCUUUGAGUCAAAUGACGAUUUAUUAUGUCCA